AUGCCUUCACUGAAGGAGAUGUAUUCGCCUGUUAAUGACCUAUCACCCAAGGGAGAGGAGCUUGAUACGCUAAAGAUGAUCUAUGGCGAUCAAAUUAGAAUCUUCAGCGACAAGUCCGGUGGUGAGAUUGGCAUACCACUAGAUUUAGAGCGUCCCAUCAAGGUGACUUUACUACAUCACAAUGAAGACCAUGUCAUCAAAACAAAGCAUGUGAAACAUUUGCCUUGUUUGAAACUUAGAUUUGUCUUGCCAGCUAAUUAUCCCUACAAAGAACCGCCAUCACUUCAACUCGAAUGCAAGUUGGUGAUUCCAGGCAGGCUACGAGAAAUGUGUGAGAAGCUACAUAGACAGUGGGAGUUGACUCAGGACCAGGUCCUUUUUACAAUAAUAGACAUGCUUCAACAAAUGAUGAACGAUGAAUUCGAUCUGCUCAUCGGGUCAGCAAUAAAUUGUGGCCUGGAUGCCUCACUCUACGAAGAACUAGUCGAAUACGACAAUGAAUGCACACAAAAGGAGUUCGACAGCACGACUUUCACUUGCGAGAUAUGUCAAACGAGCCUGAAAGGCAGUAGGUGCCUGAAAUUCACCCCUUGUGGUCACACCUUUUGCAACCGAUGCUUGAGAGACUUUUUUCUUGCACUUAUCAGAGAUGGAGACGUUGAGAAAGUACACUGUCCAGAUAUCAACUGUACCAAUGAGUUUUUGAAGAUUAGAGAGAAAUAUAUGAGACUCGACACUUUGUCUGAUCCUAACUUCGAUUUCAAUGAUUUUCGCAAUAAGCUUAUAACGCCUUUUAUCAAAUUAACGCUUCUUCAAAAGAUUUUGGGUUUUGAUGAUGAAGGGAAAGAGUUAUAUAGGCGCUUCAUCACUUUAUACCAAGAUCACCAGCAUGCUUUCAUAGCAAAACUAUUUCCCACGAGACUAGUGUCUUGCCCUCGAAGCAAGUGCCCGGCGAUGAUAUUUCGUGAAGAUAUGAUAAGUAGGCUUGUCAUUUGUCGUGUAUGCGAUUAUGCCUUCUGCAACACUUGCCGGAAGUCUUACCACAGUGAUAGUAUAGACUGUUCCAGACGCAAUGAUACCAAGCAGUACCAAGGGGUUCCUAUCGAAGAUUUAGAGAUAUGGCUCGAGUCAGAACCCAAGUCGAAGAAAAGGAACGACCUUCGCUACAGGUAUGGUUUUGAUCUUAUGUCAAGAGUAUCUCAAGAGUAUAAGAUGGACAAACUUUUCAAUGAAAUGCUAGCCGAUGAGAGCCAAGGCUUCAAAAAGUGUCCUACGUGUGAUUUGAUUAUUCAAAGAUCCGACGGUUGCAACAAGAUGCGUUGCUCUUCAUGCUUUACUUUCUUCUGUAAUGUAUGUGGUAUCUACCUUGAUCACGAUCAUCCUUACGAUCAUUUUAAAGAACCCACAAGCCCUUGUUAUGGCAAAUUAUUUGAAGGUAUGCCUGGCAUGGAGGACAUAUAA